AUGUCCGGAUAUACACAAUUAAGUAAUCCGUUUGCGGAUCCUGCCUCAGUCUCUUAUGGGGAGCCCCCUCCGUAUUCCGCAGGAUUUACACCAGCCGCCUCGUUUACGGCCGUUACUGUAAAAUCUGAAGGACUAGAUAAUUAUAAUCCUUUCGAAAAUAAGGUCACAUCUACCCUAUCAAGUUCUGAGCCCAAUAUGACUCCACUUAACGAUACAGGAAGCCCUGCAUCUCAGGAUAUUCGAAAAAUUACUAACGAAGAACUUGAAAAGAGACAAAGGGAGUUAGAUGCUAGAGCUGCAGAACUACAAAGAAGAGAAGAGGAACAACGACGCCUUGAUGAGCGUGCUCGUGCUGGAGAUUAUAAUGGAGCCAAGAAGAAUUGGCCACCCUUACCUUCCUUUCUUCCAUGUCGCCCGUGUUUCUAUCAGAACAUUGAAAUAGAAAUUUCUGAAGAAUAUCAGAAGGUUGUAAGGAUGGGCUAUUUCCUCUGGAUGUGCUACGCUGGACUCUUGCUGAUUAAUGUUUUUGGCUCCAUAUUCUACUUUGCUGGAACGCAAAAACCUGACGGCGGAAGCGUUUUCGGUGUUGCUCUUCUUACUGCGAUUCUUUUUGCGCCCCUCUCCUACGUUUGCUGGUUUAGGCCCCUGUAUAAAGCUUUCCGAAGCGAUAGCUCGUUUAAUUUCUUCGUAUUUUUCUUCGUCUUCUUCGCUCAAGUUAUCGUUAUGGUAAUUCAAUCACUUGGAAUCACCAGUCUCGGGGCAUGUGGAUGGAUUGUUGGUUUAGCUGCCGUGCGAGAGGUUGGUUGGGUCGGCGCCAUAGUUCUUGCUAUAGCUGCUCUCUUUACCUCGAUUGCCGUCGUCUCUGGCUUCUUCUUGGUACACAUAAAAAUCACGCAUGAUAUUGUAAUUCAAGGUACAUUAUUUUUUAAGAUUCAUCGUAUUUAUCGUGCAACUGGCGCUAGUUUGGACAAGGCAAGGCAGGAAUUCGUUUCAGGAAUGUCAUCUAACCCAGCAGUCAUCCAGGCUGCCACAAGUGCUUUCAUAAGCGGACCGACUUCGAAUACAGAUGCCAAUUUGCGUUAUUGA